GUGAAGACGCCAAACCGGAAGUAUCGCCGCAUCGGGAAGUGAGUUGUUCGCGCAGGAGUCGUCACGUCAGUUGCUUCCUUAUAGCAAUGGCGACCGUCACGACCGAAUUAUUGGUAUCAUCAACAAAACUUAGAGGAAUAUUACUAGUCGCAAUAUUUCAUUUCGUGUUAAUUCGACCGCUGACUGCAAUAUCCGAGCCGGGCAAAUGGAUCCUAGACAUCGACAACGAAAUCUUAAAGAAACAAAAUUACUUCUACUUUUCCAAGACGAUGUACAACAACACUAACAUUGAACUGAAGUUGCUUAGUGAAAAGUGCAGCACCCCUGUAGAUCUGAAAAUAUCGUGGUAUUUGCGAAGUUCCCCUUGUCACGAUGAAGUGUUUGGACUAGAUACUCAAAUGGCAGGAAGUUAUUUUGACAAGACACAAGUACUGCGAGAAGGAGGCACUGGCUUCUACAUAUCCCACAAGUAUUCUACAAUACAGUGCAAAGAACCCAUGAUAGGAAAUUUGCUUGAAGUUAAAAAUCUUGAUACUCCAAAAAAGUUGACUCCGCUAGAACAGGCAACCCCAGAAGCAGGCGGCAGACGAAAGAGAGAGGAUGAAAAGAAAGAAGAAAAUAAAGAUCAGAAUCUGGCUGCUGCAAAUCCACAGACCACUGAAGUAAAGACUGAUUCUUUAUCACAAGUUACACCGGUGGACAAAACCGAAAGCACAGUGGCACGGACCUGGGAGGACAGUCCUUAUAUGUUCAUCAUCCACAUUGAGGAAGUUUCACCUGCCACAGACUCUAAAUGGAGCAUACAGUUGAAGGUCAGGAUGGUUGGCCCCUAUGAGUACAUCUCAGCAUCUGAGUGGCCGUCGAUGAUUUUUUACAUGGUGAUGUGCAUCAUCUAUGUGCUUAUGGGCGUGCUUUGGCUGGCGCUCUCGGCUUGUUUCUGGAGAGACCUGCUGCGGAUCCAGUUCUGGAUUGGUGGAGUGAUUUUCCUAGGCAUGCUGGAGAAGGCCGUAUACUACGCUGAGUUUCAGAGUAUACGUUAUGAUGGCCAAUCAGUUCAGGGUGCUGUGGUUUUCGCUGAGGUGCUUUCAGCUGUAAAAAGAACCCUGGCACGAGUGCUUGUUAUCAUCGCUAGCCUUGGAUACGGCAUAGUCAAACCAAGACUAGGAGCAUUGCUGCACAGGGUGGUGGGAGUUGGACUGCUCUAUCUUAUCUUUUCUAUCAUAGAGGGUGUGCUUAGAGUAAACACGGCUGAAGAUGACCUGGUGUUGCUGGCUGCAAUCCCUUUGGCUGUUCUCGACUCUACCCUCUGCUGUCACAUCUUCAUAAGCCUGGCCCAGACUAUGAAGCUCCUUCGACUGAGGAAAAACUUGGUCAAGCUUUCCCUUUACCGACACUUCACCAACACACUCAUAUUCGCUGUCAUCGCUUCGGUUAUAUUCAUUAUAUGGACAACGAAGACAUUUAAGAUGUCCAAGUGCCAAUCUGACUGGAGAGAGCUUUGGAUAGACGAUGCCUUCUGGCGUUUCCUCUUCUCCAGUAUCCUGCUUGUCAUUAUGUUCUUAUGGAGACCAUCAGCCAAUAACCAGAGAUAUGCCUUCACUCCACUGGUGGAUGAGGAUACAGAGGAAGAGGAGGAAGAACAGCUUGUGAAUGAAGCCUUUGAGGGUGUGAAAAUGAGAGGAAUGAAACCGGAGACCAACGGAAAUGUAAAGCCUAACAAAGUGGAUGAAGAUCUCAAAUGGGUUGAGGAGAAUAUUCCCUCUUCAAUGGCUGAUGUUGCGCUGCCGCCUCUGUUGGACUCAGAUGAGGAGAUAAUGACCACGAAAUUUGAGAUGUCCAAAAUGGAGUAGGUCUAUAACGCUGUAUUGUAUUGUACAUAAUGUGUAUGUCGGCGCACAGCUGCUUUAUCCCAAACGUUUGAGAUUUUCAUAAGCAGUGUGUAAAUAUGUGGGAUGAUGAGGUAAUGCACUAAAUGACUCCUUUUAUUUUUAAUUGCUCGUUUGUAUUUAUAUUUGCAAAAAAUAUGGUGUAAAAGUUUCUUAAACUUAACUGUAAAAUGCCUUUGAAUGUUGUAUACAUAUCUAAAGUACAAAAUGUGAUUAAACUAUUUGGUUUGUG